GAGGGCGCCGCCGCGAAACCCACCAUUCGGCUCCUCGGAGCUCAGCCGCGGUGGGCGGGUGCGGGCCGCUAAGCCCCCAGGUUCGUCUGGUUGACCUAGCUCGCCGCGGGUGCUGCCAGGCUGGGUCAGAACAGGCCGCCACCACACACGUGUUGCGCGGCUCCCGGCUGCCUCGUUUCCCCCCUCGCCCGAGUUGGAUCCUAAAUUCUGGACAGGCCCAGUGUCCACAUGUUCGUCUGUCUGUCCACCCGUUUGCGUGUGACCGUGGGUCCGCUCACCCUGCUCCAGCCGCGGCAGGCGCAGGGUUAAGGCGUGGGGGAGGCAGGCUUCCCCGAGUCUGGACCGGGGGGCGAGGGGCGGACCUGGCCAGCCCCGCCCCGCGCUGGAGCCGAGCCCGAGUCUGGCCUCAGCCCCAGCCGGAGCCGGAGCCGAAGCCAGCGCCAGCGCCAGCGGAGCAGGAACGGCGGGUCCCGCGCCCCGGGAGCGCCAGAGCCCUGACUGGUAAAGGCAAGGUCUCUGAAUUGGCUGGAUGCCCCCCUUGAAGCCCUAGCAGAAUCAAGAUGAGGCCCCAUCAUGCCCCCCAGUGAGGCCUGAAGCUCGCUCAGAUAGCAUGGCCUGCCACUGGCGGUGAGCACCAUGGCUACAAGUGGUGGCCGGGCCUUUGUUUGGCAGGUGUUCCCUCCCAUGCCCACCUGCCGGGUUUAUGGCACUGUGGCACACCAGGAUGGGCAUCUGCUAGUGUUGGGGGGCUGUGGCCAAGCUGGAUUGCCCCUGGACACUACUGAGGCACUGGAUAUGGCCUCACACACAUGGCUGGCACUGGCGCCUCUGCCCACUGCCCGGGCUGGUGCUGCUGCCGUUGUGCUGGGCAAGCAGGUGCUAGUGGUGGGCGGCGUGGAUGAAGGCCAGAGCCCAGUAGCUGCUGUGGAAGCGUUCCUGGCUGACGAGGGCCGCUGGGAGCGCCGGGCCACCCUCCCUCAGGCAGCCAUGGGAGUUUCGACUGUGGAGAGAGAUGGUAUGGUGUAUGCUCUGGGAGGAAUGGGCCCUGACACGGCCCCCCAGGCCCAGGUACGGGUAUAUGAGCCCCGCCAGGACUGCUGGCUUUCGCUACCCUCCAUGCCCACGCCCUGCUACGGGGCCUCCACCUUCUUGCACGGGAACAAGAUCUAUGUCCUGGGAGGCCGUCAAGGCAAGCUCCCAGUGACUGCUUUUGAGGCCUUUGACCUGGAGGCCCGUACCUGGACCCGGCACCCAAGCCUGCCCAGUCGCCGGGCCUUUGCUGGCUGUGCCAUGGCUGAAGGCAGUGUCUUUAGUCUAGGUGGCCUGCAGCAGCCGGGGCCCCACAAUUUCUACUCGCGGCCCCACUUUGUCAACACUGUGGAGAUGUUUGACCUGGAGCAUGGGUCCUGGACCAAGCUGCCCCGCAACCUGCGCAUGCGAGAUAAGAGGGCUGACUUUGUGGUUGGGUCCCUCGGGAGCCACAUUGUGGCUAUCGGGGGCCUUGGAAACCAGCCGUGCCCUCUGGGCUCUGUGGAAGGCUUCAGUCUUGCACGGCGGCGCUGGGAGGCACUGCCCACCAUGCCUACUGCCCGCUGUUCCUGCUCCAGCCUGCAGACGGGGCCUCAUCUAUUUGUUAUCGGGGGUGUGGCCCAGGGCCCUAGCCAAGCGGUGGAGGCACUGUGCCUGCGUUAGGAGGUCUGAAGGCCCUAUGGAACCUGUCUGCCAGGGCAGCUCAGUGCCAGAGACAGAUGUCUGUGGCUCAUUUUGUUGCUCAGUGGCUCUGUGGGAUGAGGGAAGCACAGGGCUGGCACUUGAGGCACUGCCUCAGGGACUGGCGGCGGGGGGAGGGGGGCUGUCUCUUUAGCUCCUGACACACACAUGCUCACACCCACCUUUGCUAGCAUUCAUUCACUAACAAUGGCUAGCUCCACCCUUGCCCUAGAGCCUACUGUACCCUCUCUCCAGCUGGUGUCAUCCCUGCAGUGUCAGUGCCUACCUGGAGUUGACCAGGCUCACCUUGAUGGCUGCUCCUGAAAAUUUCCAGCUGCCACCCUGCCCUGAGGGCCCCUGUAGAACUAGAAGAGUUCAGAGAGGGUGGGGGACACAGAGGGAAUGGAAGAGAGGCUACGGGAACCUGCAGAGGGCCAGAGGAAUGCUGGCUUUGAACCUUCACCACUGCUGGUUGUAUGACCUUAGGCAAAUCAUUUCACCUCUCUGUGCCUCAGCAUCCUCAUCUGUAAAUGGGGAUCUCUGAAACCUUCCUGCCCUACCUACCUCACAGGGCUGUUGUGAGAACCCAGGGAGUUCAGGUGUGGAAGUAAAAGUGCUGCUCAAAUCUGGUGUGUGGCCCCUCGUGUGGACUCCCAUGUUGCUCCCACGGUCCCUGGCCCUCUUUCAGGGACCUCAACUCUCCCAGAGAUGAGGGUCCAGAAGGAUCUGGCCUCUGCCACCAAAGAGAUUUGGUGCCUUAGCACCAUGUAGGUCUCAGCUUAUUCUUUGUUGAUGUGGGAUCAUGGCCCUUCCCCACUGUCCUGGGUGUUAGGUGCCACUCACAUGAUAACCAGAGAAAAGCUCAGAAAGAAACAAAAAAACCACCACAAGCCAGGGUUCGGACGACCUCCAGGUGCAAGUAACCUAGCAUCUCCUUAGGGCAGCAGCUUGCCUCCAAAGGGAGGAGUGGUCCAAUGGGGACUGUGGCAAGGGGUCAAGGUUUUGUUAGUUGCCCUAUCCAGGAACAGGCAGAGUAUAGUUUGCCUGUCCCAGCUGUGGGAGACCCAUCUCUUGGGCAGGACUGUGUCGCCACCCACCAGGCUUCUUGAGGGCAGCAGCCUCCUGGAGGAAGCUCCCAGCCCUGACUUCUUCCUCCAGCCUUUGCUCCCUACCAGCAGAGGCCUCUGGUAGUGCUUUCUCUGCAGCUGCUCUGAGGUCAAAAGGCUCACAGCUGGGGUUAGUGCAGAAACUGAGGAUUAUUUGGGGCCCUGGGACCCACUUGCUGCGGCCAUGGUAACUUUCUUGGGCCUUCAGUCUCCUGCAGGCUUCACUCCCUCUUAGCUCGGCAGCAGGACUCCCAAGGCAGCGUACUCCUCCGCCCAACGCACAGGCCCCAUGGGAGCUGGGCACAGGGUACCUUGGACCUCUCGGGCUACAAGCACAGACAGACAGGUCGCUGUAUCAGCCAUUUUUCUUUAAUGCUCUGGACCAGUUUAGACACUCAGAGACCCCAGCAUGAAGGUAGUGCUGCAGCAGCUUAGGUCUUGGGGGUCCGAGGAGGUCUGGCAGUGAGCUGGUGACCGGGGCCUCAGGCCCCACUUUGUCGCUGCUAUACCGGCUGCCCCAGGAUGUCUGGCAGAAGUUCUGCUGGUAAGUGGUGCUGGCACGGGCAGGUCGGACCUGCACAAAGUGGACGAGGCGCUGGGGGAGGCCACCAAGUCCUGGGCCUGACCGAAAAUCAGACUGGUAGGAGGAUUCAAGGGGCCGCUGGUGCAACUCCAGCUCGCAGGGUGCCCAGCGCAGGAAGGUGUGUCGCUGCCCUAGGCGCUCCAGGUCUUUUCGUCUCCCGAUGCCCUGCAGCAGGCAAUAGGGGCCCUCCUCAACGGUACGGGCCCUUGGCCCACAGUCCUGGUGCCAGGCAUCUCUGGGCCCCACCUCAACCAAGCCUGCCUCGUGAUUCCCAGCCUAUUCCUGGCCUCCUUGGCCUAUUCCCUGGCCUCCUAGGUCUGCCUCCCCAACCAUGGCAACCAUAUCCCCAAAAGUCAGUGGCACAUUGUUAGGCAAACUGGCAGGGGGAACCAAAGCAGAGCUGCUUCCAUUUAGAGAAUGGGCUGUUGUUUCUCAGAGGAGAGAUUGUUGGGAAGACAGGCACCCCUAUGGCUAUAUAAGGAGCCCUCCCAUGUCUUACCCCUUCACCCUAUCCCCUGAUCUAUCCCUCACUUCACUCUAAGCUCGGGGGCCUGCCCACUCCCCUUCCUCUCUCCAGCACUCACUUUGUCGAAGGAAGUACGAUUGUCAUGCUUGGAAAAGAAGUGUUGCUGCGCCGGCUCCUUGAAAGACAGUGAGAAAGACGGUGAAUGGGAAAAAUGAUGCUCACCUGCCCCCCAUAUUAUCUCAGGGCCCAGUAAUGAAGGGGAGCUGCCAGUGUUUUUUUUUGUUGUUACUGUGGUGAAAAUAUACAGGUAGUCCCCAGCUUAUGACAGGGUUCCAUUCGGACGACUCCAUCAUUAAGUUGGUUCUGAUGUAAGUUGAAUACUUCAUUUUUUUUUCUUUAUUAUUGCCUUUUAUUGUUAGUAUAUUUAUAAAUCUAAUCUUCAUUUGUUUUGGGGGGUUGGCAUGAGAAUGAUAACCUCAGCAAAUUAUGCACUGCAAAUUUGUAUAUAGUACAUGUUACUAACAAUAAGGCAUACAAAAAAAAAAGUGCAGCUCAUUGUAACUUGAAUACAUUGUAAGUUGGGGACUACCUGUACACACCAAAACAUUUGCCAGUACAACAAGUUCCACAUUUACAAUUCAAUGACAUUAUUACAUUUUUUGACUCGACUGCAUUGGGUUUUUUUUUUUUUUUUAUUAUUACAUUUUUCAUGUUGUGCCACCAUUAUUGCUAUCCUUUUCCAAAAUAUUCCACAUCAUUAACAGAGGAAGGUGAGAGAGAGUCAUGCAUAAUGUUUUCAGAGUUCUUCUAUGUUGUGGCAUGCAUCAGAACUUCGUUUCUCUUUAUGGCUCUGUGAUAUUCCACUGUGUGUAUAUUCCACGUUUUGUUUAUCCGUUCAUCUGUUGAUGGACAUUUUGGUUCCCACCUUUUAACUAUUGUGAAAAGUGCUGCAGUGAACAUUGGUGUACAGGUUUCUGUUUGUGUUACUAUCUUUACUUUUUGGUAUAUAUCUAGUAUUGGGAUUGCUGGGUCAUUUGAUAGUUCUAUCUAUGUUCAACUUUUUGAGAAACCAUUAAAAUGUUUUCCACAGUGGCUAUACUAUUUUACAAUCCCACGAGCAAUGGAUGAGAGUUCCAGUUUUUCUAUAACCUUGUCAACACCUGCUAUUUUCUGUUUUUUUGAUCAUUGCCUUCUUAAUGGGGGUGAGGUGAUAUCUCAUUGUGGGCUACCACUCUUAAACUACUAAACCUCAAACACCCUGAAAGGGCAGAAAUAAAUUAAAACAACACCUCAGUCCUAGAACACUUCAUCCUGGCAUUUGCCCUUGAAGCAGAAGCCUCUGGGGCCCCUGACUAAGGGAGGGGGCUGAGGCAUCUUCUAGGACUUCUUGCCAGCAACAGGCAGUGGUUCAAGUUUCACGUUGGGCCCUUUAACUCUGGGUUUUCCAGGUCUUGGGCUUCAGUCCUGUCCUCCCCUCUGUGCACACUCACCCCUCCCUCAUCAGCAUACUCACCCCUCCCUCAUCAGCAUUGGCCUUAAAUACCGUCUAGAAACUGAAAUAUUUGUCUCUAACCCGAGGUCUUUUGAACUCCAGCCUCAAAAGCCACCUGCCUACUUUAUAUCUCCAUGGAGGUGUCCAACAGGUGUCUCCAAACACAACUGAGCUCUGGAUCAUCCUCCAAAUCCACUCCAUAUACAGCCUUCCCCAGCUCAAGCAUGACAAACUUGAUCUCACCAAACACUUUUGAGUGCCCCUUGAUUCUUUUCUCUGAAACCCCACACCUGAUGUGCCAGAAAUGCUGUUGAUGCUUCCUUCAAAAUAUACCGAGAAUCAGACCACUCCUCACCAUACCCACUGCUUCCUCUGGUCCAAGCCUGAAUUAUUGCUAGAGCUUCCUGCCUCGUGCCCAUGCUUCCAAGCUUAUCCCUGCACAGCUUAUUGUCCUCUUUGAAGCCAGAAAAAUUCUUUUAAUAUAUAAACUCUAUCACAUCCCUCGUUUGCUAAAAAUCCACACAGUUCCUCAUGUUUGUGAAAGCCAAAGUCAUCAUAGUGGCCCAUGAGAGUCACACGAUAUAGGUCCCUCUAUUACCUUUUUUUUUUUUUUUUUAUUACCUUUAGCCGUGCUGGCCUCCUUGCUGCUCCUCAAAUACAUCAGAUGCUUCCACCUCAGGCCUUUGUGCCACCUGCUCCUUCUGCCUGGGACUCUUCCCCUGGCUGGCCACAUGACUCUGUCCCACCUUCCUCUUGGGAGGCCUUCCUUAAGCACUAUACUAACAAUCCCACUGCCCCAGCUCUUUUAUUUUUGUCCCAUAGCAUUUUUUUUUUUUUAAACAUUCUACAGGAAACCCUGGUGGCGUAGUGGUUAAGAGGUCAGCUGUUAACCAGAAGGUCGGCAGUUUGAAUUCACUGGGUACUCCUUGGAAACCCUAUAGGGCAGUUCUACUCGGUCCUAUAGGGCCGCUCUGUGUCAGAAUCGACUCGAUGGCAACUGGUAACGUACUGCAGUAAAACCUGCAAAAGUCAGAACCUGUGUAAGGUGGAAACCUGUCAGGGAAGGAAAACUCAAAUAUUUUCCACUAAAACUAAAGAUAGAGAAGUAGUAAGACCGUACCCUGUCAAAGGCAGAAAACUUGUGAGACCUGGAAAAACAAGGCAGCCCCAUUGAGUUCUGGCACUUACAGAUCUCACAUAUAUGAUUAUACUGUAUAUUAUGAUGUUGCUUAUCAUCUGACACCCCCCAAUAGAGCAUAGGCUCCUCAUGGGCAGAUGUUGUUGCCUGCUUUGCUCACAUCUGUAACUCCAGGACUGACAGCAGUGCCUGGCACUGUAAUCAAUAACUGCUGUUAAAUCAACAAACAGCUUCAGAAGGCCUUGGCCCCAGGGCAUUUCCUUUGGCGCAGUUGGGGCCAGAGAGCCAUGCCCUAUUCCAAGGCAGAAAAAGGCCACCCCUCAGGCCCCAGACCACAGAAGGAAUCUCUUCCAAGAUCGUCUUUUUCCUUUUGUGUCUGCCCUCCAUCCCCAAAGCCAUCCCCUCCCCAGCCACUCAGCACCUCUUGCUUCAGAGCCCAGUAGCUUGAUUCUAGAGCCCAUUGUAUCUGAUGAGUUCAGGAUUGACUGGAUGGGAUGCAUGAUCAAUGGCUGACAGCAGAUUCUAGGUAAAAUGCAGGGACUGACCCCAUUUCAGACUCCUGAACCAGAAUCUCCAGGGUGGGGUCGGUGGUACAUGUCCUUAACAAGCUCUCUUUUUGGGACUGCCUGCCUUAGGCAGCCUGUGGUGGUCUCCAAUCCGAAUGAAAGCUUCCACGAAUAUGGGAGAUUUGUGAGAGGCUGGCCAGCCUUACUUUUCAUUUCUCAUAAAGCAAGCUGACAUGAUGGGGACUAAAAACCCAGAGCCCUUUUAGAAAAAACAUAGGAGAAAAUCUCCAGCACCAAGAGCUAGGCAAAGCAUUCUUAGACUUGGUACCAUAAACAAGAGCCAUAAAAGAAGAUGAUAAAUUGGACCUCAUCAAAAUUAAAAACUUUUGCUCUAUGAAAACCCAUGUGAAGAGGAUGAAAAGACAAGCCACAGACUGUGAGAAAAUAUCUACAAACCACGCAUCUGACAAAGGAGUAGUAUGUAGAAUAAUGUAAAGAACUCUCAAAACUCAACAGUAAAGUAAUAAAUAAUCCGAUUAGAAAAUGGCCAAACAACACAGACUUUUCACUGAAGAGGAUGGCAAAUAACACAUGAAAAGAUGUUCAACAUCAUUAACCAUUAGAGAAAUGCAAAUGAAAACCACAACAAAAUAUCACUGCAUACCUAUCAGAAUGGCUAAAAUAAAAAAAAAUAGUGACAAUACCAAAUGUUGGUGAGAACGUGAAGAAACUGGAUCAUGUAUGUAAUGCUAGUGGGAAUGUAAAAUGGUAGAGCCACUCUGGAAUGCAGUUUGGCAGCUUCUUAAAAAGCUAAACAUGCAACUACUACAAAAAAAAAAAAAAAACAACUACUACACGACCCAGCAAUUGUAGUCCUGGGGAUUGAUCCCAAAGAAAUGAAAACUUACGUUCACUCAAAAUCUGUACGCAAAUGUUCACAGCAGCUUUAAGAGUAAAAAAACUGGUAUCAGUCUAGAUAUCUUUUAACAAACUGGUACAUACAUACCUUGGAAUACUACUCAGUGGUAAAAAGGAAUGAACUACUGAUACAAGCAAAAACUUGAAUGAAUCUCUAGGAAAUUAUGUUGAGUUGAGAAGGCAAUCCCCAAAGGUUAUAUUCUGUAUUAUUCCUUUAUAUAACACUUUUGAAAUGACAAAAUUUUAGAAACGGACAGAUUGGUGGUUAUCAGGGACUAGGGAUUGGGAGAGGUGGAGGAGUAGGAGGCAGGUGGGUGUGGUUGUAAAAGGGCAGCACCAAGAAUCCUUGUGAUGUUUGGUCAGUGUCUUGACUGUGGUGGUGGGUACAUGAACCCACACAGGUGUUAAAGUUGUACUAGAAUUUAGUACAUACACAGAACAAAUAAAAUUGAGGUAAUCUGAAUAAGAUAGGUGGGUUCUAUCAAUGUCCAUGUCCUGGUUGUGAUAUUAUACUAUAGUUCUGCAAAAUGUUACUGUUAUGGAUUGAAUUAUGUCCCCCAAAAAUAAAUGUUGUAAAUUCUAACCUCUAUGCCUCUGGUUAUAAUCCCAUUUUGAAAUGGGUUGUCUUUGUUAUGUUAAUAAGACAGGAUUACUAUAUGGCUUAGUUUGAGUUAAUCUCUUCCGAGAUAGAAAAGAGAUUAAACAAGCAAAGGAAGAGUAGAGGUGGGGGAAGAUUGAUGCCAAGCCACAGGAACAGAAGCUCAGAAGAGACAAGGAACUUCCUCCAGAGCCGACAGAGAGAAAGCCUUCCCCUAGAGUUGGCACCCUGCAUUUGACUUCUCGCCUCCUAAACUGUGAGAAAAUUAAUUUGUUUGUUAAAGCUACCCGCUUGUGGUAUUUCUGUUAUAACAGCACUAGACAACUAAGUUACCAUUGGGGGAAACUGGGCAAAGUGUAGAAGGGAUUGUUUUGUGUUAUUUUUUACAACUGCAAGUGAAUCUACAAUUGUCUCAAUAGAAAAUUUCAGUUAAAAAAACAUGGGGCCUGUGACAAGUUCCAAUUGACCUCAAAAGUUCUUUCCCAUCUGUAUCUUCAGCUGCAGAAUUGUGCACAGCCCUAAAAUCUGGACACUUUCUUGUAGGAGGCAGCUCUGACUGCAGGAACUCACUAUUCUUACAGUGCCAGGAUAAUCUAUUGACUUCCACUGAUUCAAGUUUUGUCCUAACAACUGUGGGAGCCUGGUGAGAAGU